GUUUAGGGUUGAAGAGGAGCGAGACGUAAGGUUAGGGUUUAGGGUUCUGGGCAUGCUCUGCCUUGGAGUAGCUCAAGCUCCAUCAAUCGCAAUUACCACACGAAAUUCUUUCGGACGAAAGAUCGCAUCGAUCCUGCAUCCUGACGUCGAACCUCCGAUUGAAGUCGUCUAUCAUGGCGGCCCUUCCCGUUAAGGGUGGGACGAAGAGGAAGGCUGGACAGAAUACUCCCGCGAGGCCCUCAGGGAAGGCUGGCAAAUCCACUCCCACAAAAUCUCCAGGGAGGGCUGGUGGGAAGUUCACCCCCACAAAAUCUCCAGGGAAGGCUGGUGGGAAGUUUACUCCCUCCAAAUCUCCAGGGAAGGCUGGUGGAAAGUUCAUUCCCACGAACUCGACAGGGAAAAAGGCACCAAAACGUGUCGCAGAACCUGUGGAGGAGUUCUCUUCAGAAGAGGGAGAGGAAGCUCCUAUCGCCAGAAGAGGUAAUGGUGCAGGGAAUACUGUAGAGAAAAAGCAGGGAAAAGGGUUGCCGCAAGCAACCAAAAGGAAGCAAGAGGUUUCACUCGAUUCGGACGAAAGUGAGAGUGAUGACGAGCCUGAAAUGGAUGAUUACAGCAGUGAUGAAGAGGAGGAGGAGUUAGAGGGUGAAGCUCUCAACAACUUGGGCACACGAACCUUGCUGGAUAGCGACAGUGAUGAGGAUGACGACGAAAUGGAAAUGGACGAUGAUCCUAAAGGUCUCGAGUUUUCAGAUGAUGGAAGCGAUAGCGAGGAAGAAAUGGAUGUUGAGAAGAAGUCGCGAAAAAUCGACGCACAGAAACUUCUUGACGAGAAGGACGCAGAAGCCGAGAUGCAGCUCAAUAUCCAGGGUGAAUCCGAUGAGUUUGUCUUACCUACCCCGGAAGAACUCGAGGACGAGUCCAAAAGACCUCCUGAUUUACCCAAAAUUCAAACACGUAUCAAAGAAAUCGUACGAGUUCUCGGUAACUUCAAAAAUCUUCGAGCUGAAGGUGCUGACCGAGGGGACUACACCAAGCAACUGGCCGCCGAUCUGGCCUGUUACUAUGGUUACAAUGAUUAUUUGAUGGCUAUGUUUAUGCAGAUGUUCCCUGUUGCGGAGGUGGUAGAGUUCCUAGAAGCCAACGAGACACCACGUCCGGUCUGCUUGAGGACGAACAACCUGAAGGCUCGUAGACGAGAGCUUAUGGAUGUCCUCGUCAAUCGUGGAGUAAAUCUUGCCCCCUUGGGAAAGUGGUCGAAGGUCGGUCUUGUAGUGUACGAGUCGAAAGUUCCGGUUGGUGCAACUCCCGAAUACAUGGCUGGACAUUACAUGCUUCAAAGUGCCUCCUCGUUUCUUCCAGUCAUGGCACUUGCACCCCAAGAGAAGGAGCGCGUCAUAGAUAUGGCGGCUGCUCCCGGCGGUAAAACCACGUAUAUUGCUGCGCUCAUGAGAAAUACAGGAGUUAUAUAUGCGAACGAGCUGAAGGAGUCGAGGAUACCAUCUUUGUCGGCCAACAUUCAGCGCAUGGGAGUCACUAACACCAUCAUUUGCAACUAUGAUGGCCGCAAGCUCCCAACUGUCCUGGGGAAGAAUACUGCCGACCGAGUGCUUCUCGAUGCUCCGUGCAGUGGAACUGGAGUUAUUGGAAAGGACCCGUCUGUCAAGGUAACGAAGAGUGGAGAAGAUAUUGUGCGCUGUGCAUUCUUGCAAAAGGAGUUGAUCCUCGCUGCGAUCGAUAUGGUGGAUGCCGGAUCGAAAACGGGAGGUUACAUUGUCUAUUCUACAUGCUCUGUCAUGGUAGCAGAGAAUGAAGCAGUCAUAGACUACGCAUUACGGAAGAGGGACGUCAAGGUUGUCAGUGGUGGCCUGGACUUCGGACGCCCUGGAUACACGAGAUUCAGGGAACACCGGUUUCACCCGCACGUGGCCAACACCAGAAGAUUUUUCCCCCAUGCUCACAACAUGGACGGGUUUUUUGUAGCGAAGUUGAAGAAGCUCAGCAACAAAGUGAAGAGUGCUCCAAAGGACGACGAUGAACCCGAGGAUUCAGCAGUUACAGAAGAGAAAGAAACCGAGGACGCAGUUCCUCUGACAGAAAGCGAGCCGGAAGCUAAUUUGUCUGACAGGGCGGAGGAAGAAGAUGCCGCUGAGAAGAAGGUGAAAGGGUCAAAGAAGAAGAAACAAAAGAUAGGUGAACUGCAAAAUGGAACUGCAAGUGAGAAGAAGAUCACUCCUUCGAAAGGGAAGAAGGUGGCUGGAGCGGUGAACGGGACCAAAGGUGAGGAAAAGAGCACCCCUUCCAAAGAGAAGACUGCGGAAGUUAGAGGAGAAAUUGAAGACCAAAGUGAGAAGGAGAGCGACACCCCGACCCCUGGCAAGAAGAAACAGUUGAGUAGCAAAAAGCAGUUCAAGCAAAAGACAAGGAAACAUAAACAAUAAGUUCUUUAGCACAGAUUAGGAUUGAGUUGCUGCUACGCCGUGGGUAACCCCCAAUGUAUCGCAUAUAGCAGCUCUAGGAUUAGAAUAGUCAUACUUCGUAUAAUUGAUUUCAAUGUAGGUGGUAGUCGAUUAAGCCUACUCCUGCUCUGAGGCUUGUACAUUAGGAAGCUGAGAGUCGUGCUAUUGCCAAUUAGAGCAGAGUUGUAGAAUGUACAUCUACGGGGAAAGGAGCUUGUCUCCAUUUAGCACCAAUUUUUUCCUCUCCCCAGAAUGUCCGGUAGCCAGGUACGGUUGUAAAACUUGACCGCAGUUAGCGCGCAUAGAGCAUUUCACUUUUUCUCACUGACUGGUUUGUGUCACUCUGUUGUCAAACGCUGGUCAUUUCGAAAUCGUUGGUGAAUUCUCAGAACAGGUUACCCUGUCGUUUUUCGGCCAGAAACAUUUUAUCAAAUUGAUUUCAUACACUUGAGGUUGACCUUUGCAGCCGCC